CUUAAUACCAGGUACAUUCGUCAGUAAGCAUGUGGAUGAAAUAGCUUCAACAUUCGAGAAUGACAAGCAGCAUACUACACCAGAGAAACUGCAUCAAUACGUACUUGUGUAGUGCUGUGGCAACUGGAACACUGAAAACACAUCGCGUACAUUAAAUGUCUCUGAAUUAUCGAAUUGACCGAAAGAAAAUAAGUCAAAUUUCUUGGAAGCACGAGACUCUAUAUGAUAGGAGAAUGAAUUCCUACGUAGAGGAAUUUGCGCCGAUUGGAGAGAUACAAAUUACGAAUUACGAAUAUUUUGGGUGGCGGUUGCCAGACCUUCUUCCUAAUGCAGUAAAGCCACCACGAAUUCCAGAGCCAAAUGUGCCUACUAGUGGCUUGUGCCGUCAAGGACCACAAAUGACAAGUGACGAAUCAUCAGCAUCAGGUAGCCGGCUGCAUAAGACAGAAUUAAAUCAAAGAAUAUUCGAUUUUGAACACAGCAUAACUAACAAUAAAUAUGAUAGAAGGGACGAAAUAAUUCCAAAUCAAAUAGAACCCAUGGAUCCAGCACCCCCGCUUAGAAUGACAAUACCAGGCCUUCGAAAUUUAAGAUCAAAAUCAAUCAUGAGCAAGAAAACGGUUGAGGAUUCAUCGUCCUCCAGACAAGAGUUGGCAGCACUUAUCAAUCCACAUUCACCACAUCGUAGACAACUAGAGAUAAUCCUUAAUCUUGACUCUGAACCACAAUUUCGGAGUCCAGCCAAAGUAACAACUGGAAGACAGUUUAAAAAGACUGCAGCUCCGAGCAGGAGCAUGAAAUAUCUACCAGGUUUCGGAACAAAGCUGCAAGACGAUUCGGGUUCUAAGGUAGAUAAGGGACUAUCUACUUUCGUAGAAUCAGAAUUGUUAAUCGAACAUGACACGGAUCGAGAGCUGGAGGGACCGAGAGGUGGCUUCCUGCGGACCGUCACUGAACUGGACUCGAAGCUCAGAGUUCUACAAGCAGAGGCCGGACGGUUGCACACAGACAUCAGCAUACUGCAGCGAGAUUUUCAGUCAAUGGAAAGCGCUGCAUCUCUGAUGAUUCAAGAAGCAAGACAGCUCGGAGAGGAUCUGCGAGAUAUCCGAUACCUGGAUGAUCUCAUCUUCUUGCUGCAAGGCCAAUUGGAUCGCAUCUCCUUACGCAAAUGGCCGUUCCUCUUGGCUCAUACUCUUCCUCACAAGGAUUCCACACAAGAACUGAAUUUAGUUGUGUAACAGAAACUGCACACCCGCACUGUGUUCCGCGUUUCACUUCUCUUGUUUACUAUUACGAAAUAUUAUUACCCUUGACAUGAAAAAACAACGAUUUCUCGUGUUUGACCGUAACUUUCAUUUCAAACUUCUGUUAAGUUUACAACUAUCUGGCGUCAAUUACCCUGUAAUAUUGUAUUUUAACAGCACCUCA